CAAAGCAAAGUGGAAUUGCGCGAAUUUGUCGGCAGUCGUGAAGUGUCAUCAUAAAGGCCGAUCUCAGUGGAGCAUCGUAGCUUACCAUUAAAAGCUCUGGGGCUGAGAAUGAAGAUCAAUAUGUGGGUUUCGUCGACAAGAGGAUACAUCAGAUUCUCGGAGCGAGAUGCUCAUCGCGAACUAAAUGGAGGACGUAGCCUGUUCAUGUCCCCGGUAUCAAAUCCUCACACGCCACAACCAUGGCUGCGGAGGUCGCGAAUCUGAGCACUCUGGCCUCCAUAGUGAUUGCGGCUGCCCUCGCGUAUAUCGUAUUAUCACCACUCCUCUCAUCUCCUCGCGGCAUUCCUGGCCCGAUACUCGCGCGAUUCUCAAGGCUCUGGUGGACCAAGACCACCUACGAUGGCCAUGCGCAUGAAGAAUUGAUCAAGCUGCAUCGCCGACACGCACCUCGCGGCAAGUACUUUGCCCCUGUUGUCCGACUAGGCCCCAACCUCUACAGCAUUAGCGAGCCAGAUAAGAACGUCUACGGCAUCAGUUCCAAGUUCCCCAAAACAGACUUCUACAACGGCCUCCAGCAUCCAUCGCCCGAGAAGUGGGACCUCUUUACGCUGCAAAACAUCAAGAAGCACGCCGAGCAGAGACGAAAGACGCAAAGCCUCUACUCUCUUUCCAACCUGCUAAAGUACGAGCACUCGGUCGACGCAUCGCUGGACGUUUUUAGGCAGAGUUUUGAUCGUCUAGCGGAUGCUGGAACUCCCAUCGAUGUCUUUCACUGGAUGCAGUGCUACGCCUUUGACGUGGUGGGAUAUAUCAGCUAUGGAGCACGUCUCGGUUUCCUCGAUCGAGGAGAAGACAUUGGCGGCAUUAUGGCCGGGAUGCACAGCUUCAUGAAGUUUGGCUCCUGGAUCGGCAUGUACAGCUGGGCGCAUCCCAUCGCGUACAAAAUCGCCUCCAAACUGCCUGGAUCUGGAGCCUCCGGAAUGAACUACCUGCUUGGAACGGUGGCCGGCGAAAUCGGCUCUCGCGUCAAAACUCGCAAGGCGACUGUGAACACGGGCUCGCAGCAACGAGACUUUCUCGACCUCUUACUGGACAUGACGGAAAAGAAUGAAAGGGGUGUGAACGAUUACGACGUUUUCAUGACGCUGGUGUCGAACGUUGGGGCUGGCAGCGAUACCACCGGUGUUUCCCUCGCGAGUAUUACGUGGAAUCUCUAUCGCAGCCCCGACGUACUGAAGAAGCUCCGUGCUGAGUUGGACGAAGCGAUCCGUCAAGGGAGGAUGACCAAGAACACCGUCUCGUUCAAGGAGACCCAGGACCUUCCAUUUUUGCAAGCGUGCAUUAAGGAAGGGCUGCGAUUGUGCCCGGCAACUGGUCUGCCAAUGUGGCGAGCAGUUCCUCACGGCGGCGCGGAAGUGAUGGGCCAGUUCUUCCCCGAAGGCUCCCAGGUGGGCAUCAACUCGUGGGUGUCACACUAUGAUCGAGAUAUAUGGGGCGAUGAUGUGGAGAAGUUCCGGCCUGAUCGAUGGAUCGAAGCGAGCAAAGAUCCCCACCUCGGAAGGAAGCUGGAUAACAGUUUCAUCCCCUUUGGAAUGGGAUCGCGGACCUGCAUCGGACGACACAUCUCGAAUCUGGAAAUGUGCAAGAUCCUGCCAAUCCUGGUCACCAAUUUCGACUUGCAAAUGGUCGGACAAGAGGAGGACAGGCUGAUGAAGACUCUGGGCUAUUGGUUCGUCAGGCCGACCAGAUACCAUGCGGUGAUCAAGAGACGAUCCUAGACGGCCAUUUCCCAUCAGCAAUCUCCUUUCCGUAUCGCUGGCAUCUGAGGCCACGAUCUCUGCGGCUUCCUAAUCUCGUGGCUUCGGCAUCUUGAGGUUUGCAGACUUGCUGGUAAUGACCCCAAACUCGGGUUCAAGAGGAAAUCGGCAUCGUAGGCGGGCACUGCGGAGGGGUUCCAAAAAGCCCUGUUCCGGCAUUGUCGUUCGUAGCACGGAUGCUCGCGAAGGUUGGUCAUGUAGGCCGGGGCAGUGGCAGGACU